UUCCAACCAACACAACCCACUUUCAACCCUCUCAGCACUCAGUUCACCACGAAUGCAACGAACCCACCACCCACUGAAAUAAGGGUGGAAAGCUCCUCCAAUUAUUACCCUAAUGUCGGACUUUUACGAGACAGGGAGUUCCGUGUGCGAGUGAAUUUUCCUUCCUUAGAAAUCGUGAAAAUUCAACAUCUCGGUCCAGACAAAACGGGAAAAUUCAAAAAGUUCCUUUGUGUGCAAGCGAAACUGAAGAAUUCGCAAAGAUCUCACCCCCGCAUCGAGAUUCGCGGAUAUCAUUUGAGAUUGUUCGGGUACAGACAAGGGAGUUUGCGAGUGCACGACAAAGUCCAGCCGCGUCGGCAUAGGCGAGAGUUGGAAUUCCACCCCGGGGCCACUCGCGAGACCGUCCAAAUCCAUAUCCGCGGUCCGCAAUGAGAACUUCUGUGCGGCCGUAGUUGUUGUUGUAGCUUAAUCGGUUUAAUCGAAAGUAUCGCGAAUCAUGAGCUGAAAAUUGCAGUCAUCUCCACAGACACGGGCUCCGCUAAAAUUAGAAUGUCGCAAGUAUCGUUCCAAUCGUGGCGUUCGUCUACGGCGAGGGAUCUCUAGUCGCCAACAAGUGGAUUCAGUGCGUGAGUCGAUGCGCGUCCCGCUCUAUGAGGAAGGGCACGCUCCUGAAACUCUCUAGUGGAAGAUCGCCGCAGGACGACAAGUCCUAGCCGAGGCCUGGCUGCUUGGGAAGUCGCCGUUCCCGUGUUCCGGCCGUUGCUCCGUCGCGUCCAGAGGCCAAUUGUCCGCCCACACUGUCCACGCUGACCAUUGUUCAACGAGACUUGAGCUGUGCGAAGAUUCCCAGUGUUCCGUGCAAAACAAUCAUUUGGAGUUAAUUUAAUAAAAUUAGUAACAAUAAAACUCCAGCUCGCCGUCGCGUCAUCAGUGGGAACGGUAGCUGCGCCGCAUCGGUGGCCAGUUGGGGGUUGUUUCGCGCCGUGGUACGUCGGCCAGUGUCGUCGUGUUUCCGGCCACGGUUGCAGGAAGUACCGUCGCGUCUUGCUACCGGUACGGCUUCAGACCGCCAUUGGGACAGAGUUGGAAAAAUUGCAAAAGGGCGAGUGCGAAUCUGAGUGUCCUCCGCAGCCAGGAGUCGCCAAGUGCGGAGUGCCAGCCGACGUGAAGGGAGCCCAUGUCAGUCGGUCGUGGAAAAAUCAAUACUCCUUGAAUACCGGCAUUCUAUUUUCAUCGGCUUUGUCGUAAACUUGUAGAUUUAUUCGUUGGUGAGUGAACGAAGGGACGAAUCAGAAUGAAAACAAUUUUAGCUGGGAACGACGCAGCGGUCCCCUCCCCGGACUCACUUGUGUGAAACCAAUGGAUUCGAGAACAUCACGGGAAACUUUAAACAGCGUUGCUGCUCUGGUGAAGGAUGCGUCCUGCGCUCCUUAAUUUUAUAUAAGCAAUAAUCGGUGGAUUCUGCUUUAAACCGGAGUCCCCGCAACUCUUCUGUGAAUCAAAUCUCCAGUUCAGUUCGCACAGUUCCUUGUUUUUCGAAUUCUCCUUAGAAUAGUUGGGAUAAAGUGAAAAUUCCAGUGUCCCCGCAACUCCAUAGUGUCAGUGCGUAAACAUCCAUCGAAUGUCCUUUUGGCUCGGGCGUGUAUUUUAGCAUUUGUGCAUUUCGUUUGAAGAUAUAAAAAAAAUAACCCAGCAUUGUCCUUAGAAUAGUGAAUUUAGCAAAUAAUGUUUACCAGUGAAAUAUUCGAACAAGUUUCCUAAAGGAUUCCAGAAGGGAAUAGAAUUUCCACGCCCAAAAUCGUCGAGCAAGCCGAGCAGACAUCAAGGAAUAAUUUGAAAACCAUUGUUGUGCCCGUCAUCAUGCAAACUCUACGCAAGAAAACGAGUCCUUGCAAAUAUCGCAACGAUCCUGGCCGCUUCUUCGGCGAUGGCGUCACAUUCAAGGCCAAGUUGAUUGGCAUUCUCGAGGUAGGCGAAGCACGCGGCGACCGAAUGUGCCAGGAGGCGCUUCAGGAUUUGAAAAUGGCGAUCAGGGCGGCCGGCGAACACAAGCAGAGAAUCACGAUCCAUGUUACAAUCGACGGGUUGCGAUUGCGCGACGAGAAAACGAGUGACUCUCUCUACCACCACCCCGUCCAUAAGAUAUCCUUUAUCGCGCAGGAUAUGACGGACUCGCGGGCAUUUGGGUAUAUAUUCGGUUCGCCGGACAGCGGGCAUAGGUUCUUUGGAAUAAAGACUGAUAAGGCAGCGAGUCAGGUGGUUCUGGCGAUGAGAGAUCUGUUCCAGGUGGUGUUUGAGCUGAAGAAAAAGGAGAUCGAAAUGGCACGGCAGCAGAUUCAGAGCAAGAUCAUCCACGAACACCAGCCCAUCACGUUGAAUGUUAAGAGCACCGGCACGGACCCAUUAAAUAGCGGCUACAAUAAGAGUUCCAGUGAAACCACCAAGGCUAAUGCAAAGGAGAUGUCCCCCGAAUCUGUGGCUGACUUGGUAGACCUAGAGCAAGAAUUGAGUUCGAUUCAACGAGGAAUUACCCAAAUGGAACGUAUUACCCCCAACGAGCCAUCAGCAACAACGAAAAGUGUAACUGAGGAGGAUCCGUUUGGCGAUUCUUUCACGGCGUUUCCUACGUAUCAGCUUCUGCCACCCCCUGAAUCGACAAGGUCCCGACAUGCGAAAGGCAACAAACCCCUGGAUAAUACUCUGCAAGAAAAUCCCAGUGGAUCAAAUUCAAAUACUCAACAUUUACAAGGUUUGGUAGGUGGUGUCAACGCAUCUGGUUCAUCUGCAAUUACUUCCACUGAUAGUUGGCUUGAAAAACAAGUUGAUUUGUCAUCUGUGAAUUUUGAUGCUCCGAAAUCUCUAGAGAUAUCAUCCGCGACUGUAGGUACCACUUCCGCUCCGAAACCGAAUGCAACCGAUGAUAUAACGCCACAAAAAUCUAACGAAGAUCAAAAUAAAUCGAUACCUGGAUCAACAUCAACGAAAACUGCUACUCAGCAAGCAGCAUCCGCAGCGCCGUUUAUAGAUGCAUUUACAGAUUUGGACCCAUUGGGGACAGGCAAAAGUAAGCCCUACAUAGAUAAGAAGUACUUUUUCCAUGAACUAAAGAAUCCACCAAAGAAGGUGCUUAAAGAUCUAUCUCACAAGGAUACAUUUACAGCUACAUUCCAAGAGAAUGAACAUGAUCAAGAUGUGUUUGAUGUCAUUCAGGAUUCAUUUGACCCAUCCGGAAACGUGGACCAUAGGUCGGGAGAAUACGCCACAAAAUCUCUCCCGGAGAAAAGUUUAUUUCCAAAAGAUGUCAAUCCAAUACACAGUGACAAACUUUUUAAUAUAGACCUCGACAGGUCCAGGGUGGAGGAACCGGUCAUGAUAAAGCGAGACACAGACCCGUUUUCUCCGACACGAAAGAAGAGCGAUCCAUUCCAAGAAGGUGAUAUCUUUACAAAGCUUGAUCCGUUCGAAUUUGAAUUUAGCGGUAAUAAGCAGACAAUUUUACCUGAAACAAAAAUAGUUUCGGAGGAAACGGUGAAGCCUAAAAAGGACAUGAACAUGUUUAACGGGCCUUUACAAGUGAAUCUGCCGCCUGAAGGCUGGAACUCAUCAAACAUGGUUCAGAAGAAAAUUGAACGUCAAACAAGCGAGUCACCUACAUCUGGGAACCGUAACAGACCCAGUGUAUUCAAGCAGAACACUGUUGACGUCAUAAGCAGCAUCAGUUCGAAGAAAAUGCCUCAUUUAUUUGGCCAAAAGUUUUCGAAACGCGAUUCGAACAGCAUAAAUAUGCGUAGAUUGCAGGAGAGCGAUUCCUUAAGUGAAAAUGAGGCUGCCCCUGAACCACCGCCGCGACCUGACUCCGCAUCGCACAUCGAGCCCCCACCUUUGCCCCCGAAAAAGCAAUUUUCGGACAUUGUUAUUCGUCCGAGGAUAACAUCAUCUUCGGCGAUUCCUCCCCCAACGAGGUAUGACUAUGUUACUGCGAAAAUCAAAUCCUCAAGUCAACAAAACUCUGAGGCUCCGCCGAUACCAUUACCUUCGAGAAAAGUUGGAAGGACUGAUUCUACUUUCCCUGGACCUGGUAGGCCAGGACGGAAACCCGGUGAAGAAGACGACUACCUGACGCCGAUAACGUCGAAUCCAGAUGUGCCACCUCUCUUACCGCCACCACAAACUAAAGGACGUGGCCGAAGGUAUGAAUACCUUGACAAUAAGACUGAACAUGAAACGACAGCACGGAGCAGUGCGUCGCGUAAUGAGCCCAUACUACCUGAUAUUACACUCAGCCAGUUGCUCACGCUUGGCAUUGAUGAACUGGCAGCGAAACUCAAUGUGCCGACAUCUAAACUGAGCACGAUGACACUUGUCGAACUAACAAGUUAUUUGUCAAAUUUCAUAGAGAACUCGAAGCGGGCUCAGGAAGAAGCGAAGCGUGUUGAAGAGCCAUCCGUUUUCAAGGUUAAUUUCGAUCAAAACCCUGAUGCCACGUUCGUUGCAAAGUUCGAUGAUAAUUUUGGAGAGGAGAGUGGAGCGCCGUUUGUAGCUAAUUUCGCAGAUUUUGAAACAAAGUCAUCAGCAACCACGACGACAAUAACAAGCGCUGCUCAUCAAGUUCCGUCUGCAGAUCGCUAUGCAGUAUUUAGGGAAAUUAUAGAACAAGAAAAACAAAGUGAAGAUACAGAACAUGUAGACUCGUCCGGGCAGGAAGAUGAAAUGGCAGGUGACAUGCCUGCCGCAAACGAAAUAACUCAAGUGCAACCAGACAAUGGAGAGCCAAGCAAUAUAGUUCCUGUAACGAAAAUCGAUACAAAGAUCACCGAAGCAAUAUCCCAAGCCAAAGAUAGAUACGCCGCCUUACGUGAUAUAAUCCUAGUGGAAGACUUGUUCGAAAAACCUGUUCGGCAGGUGGAUAGUUCGCAAAGUUCGACUUUAUUGGAAGAUGGUGAACGGGAACCUGAUGUAUUUGAGGACGCGGAGAGCGAUAGAACUAGAAACGAACAAACCAGUCCUGAGAAUAAUAUUUCUGGAGAUGGGAUGGAAUCGGUGGAAGUGGGUUCCAAAGCAUCUGAGAAGAGUAAACCAGAUACUUCCUUCAUGCAUACUUUAACAGUGUCUAAUACGGAUGACCUGGAAAUUGAUGAAUACAUGCAUCGCGCUAUUUCAAAUCUGUCAUUGGAAAGUCGGGAGCGGCUCACUCCAGGGAUGAACAAAUCGCCAACCGUUACAGAGACUGGCACAUCCCCGAAACCACCCUCACAAGCAAGCAAAUCUCCCAUUGCGUCACUAGCGCAUGAAAUAAAGUCGCAGUUUAAUGAUAUGUCCACGUCUCCGAUUCCUUUGCAAAAAUCCCCAGCAUCUAAAUCUCCCGUGAACAAGUCUCCGCAUUCGAAAUCUCCUCUAAAUAAGUCACCUAUCCCGCAAGCAGUAACUAAUCUUAUGGAAUCGAAAAAACGACCGGAAUCGGGAUCACUGAGUGAUGUUAUAUGUGGUUCAUCCCCGGAAGCUGAUCGUGGAUCGGGGACAGAGCAUGCAAAGAUGAUACCUACAACGACCGAGCCGGCGUCAGGUGCUACUGAAUCAUGGGCUAUAUUUGAGAAAGCCGCUGAUAAACAACAGUCUUCGAAUGGGGGACCAACUGCAAAGUCACCUAAGAUUCCCACGAGUAAGGAUUUACCUGAGUCACCUUGUUCUUCUGAUGGCAAGGACGAAUGGAAGGGUGAGCAAUAUGUAAAGAAAUGGCCAAAGGGCCAAACUUCAUCGUCUUCACGAGAUUUAAGCCCGUGGGAUGACGAGACUUCCGAUUAUAAGAAACGACCACCAGAUCGGACAGACAGGCACGGUUAUUACAUGCGUCAUGCUCGUCGUAUGAACUCAUGUGAUGAUGACUACGACUAUGAUGAAGAGGUUUCGAAAAGGCGAGAGAGGAGGGUUAAGAGUCACACGAGCCGAAGUAAGGAGAAUUUUGAACCAGAUUCUCAAAAUUGGUAUCAUGCUAGUAGUCACCAUCACUGGUCGCCACCUGAAGAAGAUGACGCUCGAGCCCGGGGAUUCGAUCGCAACCUAUUCGAAUGCGGAACAUACGGUCCUCUACUAAGGGACCAUAAAAUGGCACCACCUAUGUCAUCAUACGAUCGUCGCUAUGAGAAACGCAAGUAUUAUCGGGAAUAUUGUCGCCCUGAUUAUGAGUUUGAAUCUUACGGUGAAUCGCCUGAUGUAAAAGAACGUAAAAUGAUGUAUUACGGCGAAAAGGGCAGAAGGGAUUACGAAAAUAUGUACGAGGAAUGCUUUGGGCGUGAUGGUCGAGGAUCAAAAUCAAGAGAUUUCUUCUAUGAUCGGGAUCGGAAAAGUUUUGACCGUGAUAGUGUGGAAUCUUAUGAUAGUGCGAGUCGUCGGCAACGAAGCUUUGGAAGUGGUGACGUCUACGGAAGUUUAGAUAGUCGUGAAGAGUUCAGAGAACGCUAUAUGGGAGGUGGUGAGAAGACUCGAUCGCUGAGAAAGAGUAUAAAAAUGCGUAGCAACGAAGAUUACGAGCCAGAUUCUGAGAAUGGUGAUCAUGUUCGCCGUGGUCCCACUGAUACAAGAAGUCUGCAGAGACCUAGUCAGAAUGCGAGAAUUCGAAAAAGCAGUGGAUCAAGUCACUGGGAUGGCGAAGAUACUGUUCCAGCCCCAGUUCCUCAAGUUUCUAGUCAAAAGGGUUGGAAACGUCCGUCCAGUGCUUCAGAAUCAGAACGACGUCUUGCCGAAAAUCGACGCGUUCUUUGUCAUACGUUAUCAGGAUCUGAUGGCGAGAAGGAUAGACGGUUUCGGCGACGGUCUCGUACACGAGGUAAAGAUGAACCACCUCGACAGCAACAGACUUUUGGUACAUACCGUCACCCUCCACCGCCACCUUCACAUCACGACGAAAUCUAUGAUUAUAUGGACUACGAUGAAUACGGAAUGCCAGUUGACGAAGAUAAAUUUGAACGAUUAAAUCGUCGACGGCAAGACAUGCAUCAGCGAAUGAUGGAAGCAGAUCACUCACAGCGCCGGAAAAAAGGUGAGAAGUUCAAUUUUGAUAACGAUAUGGACGAUACUAUGGUGACACCAAAAUAUGGGGGCGGUGUUAAGAAAGAUGCAUCAUUUUAUUCGGAAAAGGAUCAACGACAUACACAUAAAUUUGAUGUUUUCGAUGAAACUCCACCGCCACCAAUACCAAAAGGAGGCAAAUGUGGUCGCCGCGCUUUCGAUUUUGAUGAUUUUGAAGAAACUCCGCGUUCGAACGCGAGUAGUAGUAAAUUCAACUUUGAGGAGCAUGGCUUUGAAAGUGAUUUCAAUUCACCGCCCCCAUCAUCGACGGGCGUUUCGUCGGCUGCCACAAAAUCUUCGUUCCGGUUUUCAAAUGAUUUCUCUGAGAAAGAGCACAAACAAAAUGCAAGCCUCGGUAAUUUUGAAUCGGAAAUUAAUCAACCAACACCAAUGCAGAAACUUCGGUUCGACGAUAAUAUAACAAUUUCAAAAUUUGACAAUGAUCAAUCAGCACCAAUAUCCUCGGUAGGCGCUUUCGAGGAUGAUUUCUCUAAAGCAGAAUUUGUUUUAGAGAAUGAGGACCGUUGGACAUCGGAACUACCAAAGAGAAAUAAUAAUUCUCGUUUCUUACCAAAACAACGUCAGCAACAAGAUCAAAUAAAAAAAUCAGAAUCGGUUAAUAUAUUCGGUCGUAAAUCGGAAGAUCCUUUUGAAGAUGAUGAUUUUUUCAAGUCGUCAUCUUCACCACCAUCGGGCGAGAAAGAUCCAAAUAAGAAUGAUGCAAGUGGUGCUAAUGGUGGCGAUAAGAAAAUGCAACAAUCCACAGACAAUGGCUUUAAUUGGGAUAGUAACUUUGCUAAAUUCGAUGAAAAUAUGUGAUUUGUUGAAAAUGUAGAUAAUUCAAGCGAAUCUAGAAUGAAAUUUUCAAUUGCAAUGGAUUUAUGGUCAAACGAUAAAAUACCAUUCACACCACUUACGUCAUCGUCGUUACAUUCAAAUUUUGUGCUAACACGCCAAUUUAGUUUAGUGAAAUUCGUUAUGAAAAGUUUUCUGUUACGAUAUCAGAUACGAUAUAAAGUUCUGUAAAUGUUUCUUAGGAUAUAGACGUAUUUAUAAGGUUUUACUUUAUAUUGAUAUUUAUUUACAACCUAAUUUAUUUAAUAUUUUAAUUAAGCACAAAAUAAUAUAUUUGGUGCAUGUAUUUAGAAUGAUUUAAGGUAAGUGAUUUGUAUCUAUGUACAUCUUACUUUGUAUCUAAUUCCGGGGCUUAGACAAGUUGGAUAGAAGGUACCUUUUCGCAGUCACGAAAAUUAAGGCGGAUAAUUUCAAAUUGCGGGUCGAAUAGUGCUUGCUUUGUUAGUCAAUUCAUUAAGUGUUCGUGAUAAAUCGUCUAAUUGAAAAAGGGUAUCAGAACUACCGAUGCCAAGGAGUAAUGAGAGGCUAAGACAUCAUUUGAACGCAUAGUUUUGCAAGUCGACAUAUAAAAAACGUUAGGAAUGAAUACCAAAUUCAAAUUUCGGCAAAGUUGGCACGUAUUGGAUUGGGCCCUCGUGGAGCUCUUAUCUUACCGAUGAAUUCUCGUUCAAAGUGCAAACAGUAUGUAUCUGAUGAAUAUUAGCAGGUGUAAGGCAUUUAUCUAAUACCAUUGCGAUGUGACUCUCCUAAGUAAGGUACAGGUUGCAUUUCUUCCUGAAAAUAAUUAAAUCUGGCGACCCAGUCUCGCAUUAUUCGUUCAAGCGUCUCAAUACAUGUGAUUUGAAUCGUCAUUCGUGAUAUACUCGUAUUUGGGUGUUGUCUCUAUCUAAAGAACUUAACUUGCAUGUGGUUUAUUACUGUAAUCCGUUUUUAUUUCUCUGAUUAAGAUUCAAAAUUCCAAAAUUGUAGAUUCUUUUCCAAAAAAUGUAUAAUGCAAUAUUGUUGAAAAAGGCAAUUUCGCCGGAUGAUUUAGUAAUUGAAAAUUUGUAUGAAACAAUUGGGCAAUUUAUAUAAUAUAUAAUUUCUGUGAACUCCCAGCUGAUGCA